AUGAUAACGAAGGCAGAGAUGGAAGCAGCUCAACAUCUGAUGGAGCUAAGCGAUGAAGAGAGUAGUAGUCUCGAUAUAAUAAAGAAGAGGAAGAUUGAGGAAAUAUUCGGUAAAGAUGAUACUUAUGAAGAUCAUCGCGCAAAAGAAAUGGUGAUCGUGAGAGUAAUGUCACCAAAGAAGAAGAAGUUUAGGACGCUCGAGAGCAUUUACAAGGCGACACGACCUAUCAGGUUACAUGACGACGAGACCAAGAUAUCAGGAUCGGUGAUUGACUCAUUGGAUGAUCAACAAAUCUUUAAGGAUGAAGCUUAG